AUGGACGCCCCUGGCAAGCCGUCAACGUCGCACAACCUCUUCGAGGUCUACCUGCGGCUGCGACCGCCGCCACCCGGCGCCGGACACGCGGACCGCAUCCUCAACGUUGAAAAGCCGGGAAAAGAGGGCGCCCGCCCGUCGCACAUUACGCUCAACCCGCCGACGGACCGCCGGAGGGCCAUUGAGAAAUUUGCCUUUACGCGCGUCUUCGAGGAGGACGCGACGCAGCUCGAUGUCUUUGACUGCGCCGACAUUGCGACGCUGGCCGAGGGCGUCUUGGCCCCCCAGGGUGGCGAGGGCACGGAUGCCGUCGUGGCGACGCUCGGAGUGACGGGCUCUGGAAAGACGCACACAAUCUUGGGAUCCAAGAGCCAACGCGGCCUCACGCAGCUCGCCCUCGACGUCCUCUUCCACUCCAUCGACCUCAACAUGCUCGAGGCGUCGUCGCUGCCGACGGUGCUCGAAUCACUACAGGCCUGCGACCCGUCCGAGUCCCUACUCAGCACAGCGCCGCACUUUCUCGACUCGACGUACGCAGACCCGUUGGGCGCCUCUCGCACAAACUCGCGCGCCGCCACGCCCAUGGGCGGCGACCAUGGCCUCAUGUCACCGCCGCCGCGGCGCAACCUCCAGCGACCCUCGGCACUCCCGCAGACGCCCGACGUCAGCGGCAUCCACGUCGCGUGCGACGCGUCGGCCGAGUACGCCGUCGUCGUGUCCAUGUACGAGGUGCACAACGACCGCAUCUACGACCUGCUCACGCCGCCGGCCAAGUCGGGCGCCGCCAAGGACAUCCGGCGGCGCCCGCUGCUCUUCAAGUCGACGGAGCUGUCACCCGACCGCAAGGUGGUGGCAGGCCUGCGCAAAGUGGUGUGCACAAGUCUCAAGGACGCCAUCAUAGUGCUCGAGGCUGGGCUCGUCGAAAGACGGGUCGCCGGCACGGGCAGCAACAGCGUCUCGAGCCGGAGCCACGGCUUCUUCUGCUUCGAGGUCAAGCGUCGCACCCGCAGCAGGCGGCCCGGGCCCUGGGUCGGCAGCAAGCUCACCAUUGUCGACCUGGCCGGCAGCGAGCGCGCCCGGGAGGCCAAGACGCAGGGGGCGACGCUGGUCGAGGCAGGCAAGAUCAACGAGAGCCUCAUGUAUCUGGGCCAGUGUCUGCAGACGCAGAGCGAGGCCGGAUCGUCGACAAAGCCCAACGUUGUCCCCUACCGCCAGUGCAAGCUGACGGAGCUGCUCUUCUCCAACUCAUUCCCAUCGGCCUCGGCGGCCGCGCACCCUCACGCGCCGCGGCGGAACCCCCAAAAGGGCGUCAUGGUGGUGACGGCCGAUGCGCUCGGCGACUUCAACGCCACGUCGCAAAUUCUGCGAUACAGCGCCCUGGCACGCGAGGUGACGGUGCCGCGAAUCCCUUCCAUCACGGCCACUAUCCUCGCCCACGCUCCGCAAGCGCCGAUCCCGCCGCCCACGCCGUCGGCGCCGGCGACGACGACCCAGCAUCACCCGCGACCUUUCAUGCCGCCGGGCCCGGGAGGCUGCACGAGAACACACACGCCGCCGGGCAUCCACCCGGACGAGCGGGCGACGAUGGAGAUUGCGGCGCUCGAGAUUGCGCGGAUGAGCGACGAGCUGGAGCAGCAGCGCGACGAGCUGGAGCGGCAGAGCGAGGCGCGGCUGGCGGCCGAGGCGCAUCUGCUGAGCAUGGAGGAGCGGAUGCUGGACCUCGAGGCAGCGGUGCGCGACGAGUGCGCAACCGAGUUUGAGCAGCGGCUGACGCUGGAGCUGGCGCGCUUCAAAGCGUCGCUGGCGCUCGAGCAGGAGCGCAGCGACGAGCACUGGGACCGCAAGGUGGACGUUCUCGAGCGAGGCCUCGACAGCAGUGGCAACAACCAGCAGCAGCAGCAACAUCAGCAUCACGAGGGCGACAAGGAAAACGUGCUGGUCGAGGACAUGGCGCAGGAGGUGGAGCGGCUGCGGCGCGAGAACGCGGUGCUCAAGCGCGAGCUCACGGGCCGCAGCCCCAGCAAGCGCAUGCCGCUGGCGGAGCGCGACGAUUUUGUGGCUACGCAGACGCUUUCUCCCUCAUCCUCGUUGAGCCUUGGCUCAGGAGACGGCGGCAUGGCCAGCGUCAGCUGCAAGCUGGAGCGGAUGCGCGUCAGCAGCGCCGGCGGCGACAGCGUCCGCACGGCCAGCUCGGGCAGCCCGGCCAAGAAGGUGCGCAAGCUGCCGACGAAGCGGUGGGAGGAGCUGGAUCUCGAGGAUUAG